AUGGUAAGAAGCGGAAAAAUUGCCAAAUUAAUUUCUCAUUCGCCGUGUGGUGGAGGAUGUCAGGAGGGUGUAUGUGGCGGAAUUGGAACGCAGGAUGUGAAAAAAGCCCCCGCGCCUCCCGAUGGCUUCGCUGUAAUUGCGUGGCUUCAUGGGGGCGACUUCUCAACGGGUAGUCCCACAGAGCUUAACCCUUUUCAGUUGGUGCUCAAGCAGAAAGUCAUUGUUGUGUCCAUAGCCUUUCGCCUGGGCAUCUUCGGCUUCCUCACCACUGCUGACGGUGAGGCUCCGGGGAACUUUGGCCUCAUGGACCAGUCGGCUGCCUUGCUGUGGGUGAAGCGCAACAUUAAGCUCUUCGGGGGAAACGAGAACACCAUUACGGCGAUGGGUCAUGGCGCUGGUGCCAUCAGUGUGGGUCUGCAUCUCAUCUCGGGCGAUUGGUCGGAAGGACUCUUCAGCCGCGCUGUGCUCAUGUCGGGCAGUCCGCUGUUGGAUAGCAAUGUGAGGGAAGCCAAGACGUAUAAUUCAGGCCUCGAUCGCACGGCGAAGACAUUUGGGUGCUUCAGGAGGCCCACGUCAAAGUUGCUGAACUGCCUAAGGAAUGUUCCAGCGCAGAUUCUGGCCGACAGUGGACCAGUGACCGAUUGGGGACCUGUGGUUGAUGAUGGGCUGAGCAACACCACGACACCUUUCGUGCCGGACACGCCAAAGGCACUCGUGGAGCGCGGACAGAUUCGACAAAUGCCACUCUUGAUUGGCUUCACGGACAUGGAGGAGGUGCUGGAGUUGGCAGUGGGAGACAUCAUGACGCAAGGCAUCUCUGGAGAGAUGUACGACACUCUUCUGGGUGAUAUGGUGUUGAAUGAACUGUCGCAGUUCGAAUCCAAUGAUACGUGCGUAGGCAACAAUCAGAUAGUGAUCGAUGCUGUGAAUUUCGUGUACAAGCCUUAUCCGCCCACAAUGGAGCCCUCUGUCCUGCGGCGUCGGUUUAUCGACUUCAGCACGGAGAAGCGUUUCGCAGCGCCGGCGAUCCAAUUGGCCGCCGCCAUGGCGCUGAAAGGCGGCUCUGUGUUCGCAUAUCGCUUCGACAUGAAGGCUCGUUCACCGGGUGUUCUGGAGGGUGUGCCUGAUUGGGUAGGGGUGCCACACGGCUUUGACUCUCUGUUUGUGUGGGGCCUGCCGUAUUGGGCUCAGCUUCCUGGCGGCGCGCAGUGGGAUCGCGCUGAUAAACAGAUUUCGGAGAUUAUCAUGACACUGUGGGCGAAUUUUGCCAAGUUUGGCAAUCCCACGGAAAUGGGUGUGUACAUAAAGUGGGAGAAGUUCACAGCAGACUCUCCAGGCAUCCUUAUUGUCGAUCGCGCUUUCAACAUGAGUGAUCGCUCAAACAUGAACUACGGUUCAGUGCAGUUCUGGAAUGAGUACUACCCAAAAGUGGUUACCUUCGCCAGUCAGUGCUGCAAUUCCACAAGUCAGGCGCCAGCCAGGCGACUUCAAGUGCCUGGUGAUACGAAUGCGUUGCUUCUCAGUCACUGUGCCGUUCUCCUGACCAUCCUCUUCGCGCGGACGUAGCGACAGAUGAGAUACGAAAGAAAGAAAAAAAAGAAAUGUGUAAAAUCUCGAGAAUUAUUUUUGUCCUCCGUGCAAUACAAAAUGAGAGAGAGAAAGAGAGAAAGUCAAAAUGUAAAAAUGCAGUGAAUCCAAAUAAAGAGUUUAUCUAUGAGA